AUGUCCUUUAAACCGAGUAUUGUUAUAUGCGACUCACCCGGGGAACUGAGCGGUGUGGCAUGCCAAAAGAUAGUUGACAUUAUCCACGCUGCAAAGCGCGAGAGCUGGCCCCUUUCCAUCGCUCUCUCCGGUGGCUCCACGCCCAGGAUGUUGUACACGCGUUUGCAUGAGGAGCAGUUGCACCUGCUCAGGGAGGAGCGGGCAUUGCGCUUCUUCUUUGGCGAUGAGCGGCUCGUGCCCGCCGAGGCCGCUGACUCGAACUAUAACAUGGCAAGACAGGCACUUCUGCGCGACAUCCCCGAAGACCUGGUGGUGCCUGUGGACGUGAGCUGCGCUGGAGGGGAGGCCUCGAAGGACGCCUGCGACGAUGCCAUGCAGGCCGCGGAAGCGUACGAAAGGCGCAUCAACUCGUUUCCCCGCCUUCAAACGGUGGAGACGAUGGACACACGGGUCCCUGUCUUUGAUAUCGUUCUGCUUGGUCUGGGCUCGGACGGACACACCGCCUCCAUAUUUCCCGGCUCUCGAGCCGAGAGCGAAACGCGCCGGGCCGUAAGUGUGGGCUUUCCGAGCCCCACGAUGAACCCAAAGGUCUGGCGAGUGACCUUGACGCCCGUCACCAUCACCCACGCGCGGCAUGUUAUUGUGCUUGCGACGGGCAAAGAAAAAAAAUGGGUGCUGAACGGCAUCGUGUUAGACACGCCCAAAGAAGCACCUGUUUCAAGGUUUCUGCGCAAUUGCACGGGUGGCGUGACGUUCAUAUUAGACAAGGAGAUAGCGGAGGAUCUUGGACGCUAA